GGUCAGCAGUUAGAGGAUUUCCAGAUUUCUCCAGAGGCCACAGUGAAUAUGCUAAUAACUGAGGGGACCACAUACACUAUGAGUGGGAACACCACAGAAUUCAACUGUUACUCUCAGCCUUGGGACAACGAGGACAGAGUCAACAUGUCUCAGGAUCAGAACAGUAAGCUCCACAUUUGUGAGAAACACUACCAGAUCCAAGAUGACUCUCAGGUUCAGAGUGGAGCUCAGGUCAGUGAAGAAGUGGAAGAUGAGCCCCUCCCCACUUCCUCUCCUGUUCUUGGGGAUAUUCCCCAGAGCUCAUCUGCUGCUGAGUCAAGUGGCACUUCUCAGGAGCCUUGCAAAUCCAGUACCAUGACUUCUGCAGGCGUUUUUAACACAGGAUCUGACGAAGGGGCUAACAGUAGAGAUGAGGAGUACCCAUGUUCCUUAGAGGUCUCCCGCUUCACUGAGAGUUCAUGCAGCAAUUUCAUAAAUAUAAAGGUGGGUUUGUUGGAGCAGUUCCUGCUCUACAAGUUCGAAAUGAAACAGUGUAUUUUGAAGGAAGAUAUGCUGAAGAUUGUCAACCCAAGAUACCAAAACCAGUUUGCUGAGAUUCUCAGAAGAGCUUCUGAGCACAUUGAGGUUGUCUUUGCAGUUGACUUGAAGGAAGUCCACCCAACUUGUUACUUAUAUGACCCUGUCAGCAAGCUGAAACUCCCCAACAGUGGGAGGAUUCAUGCUGGCAAAAGGUUACCCAAGACUGGUCUCCUCAUGACUCUCCUGGUUGUGAUCUUCCUGAAAGGCAACUGUGCCAAUGAGGAGGAUAUCUGGAAAUUUCUGGGUGUGAUGCAAAUAUAUGAUGGGAAGAAGCACUACAUCUAUGGAGAGCCCAGGAAGCUCAUCACUCAGGAUUUCAUGAGGCUAAAGUACCUGGAGUACCACUGGGUGCCCUGCAGUUAUCCUGCACGCUAUAAAUUCCUUUGUGAUCCAAAAGCCUACACCAAAACCAGCAAGAUAAGAGUCCUGGAAUAUUUGGCCAAGGUCAAUGAUAUUGCUCCAGGUGCCUUCUCAUCACAAUAUGAAGAGACUUUGUAAGAUUUGUAAGAUGAGGAAGAGAGCCCAAGCCAGAGAUGCAGCCGAGACUGGCACUACUGCAGUGGCCAAGACUCUCUCAGGGCCAAGUUCAGCAGCUUCUCUCAAUCCUAUUGAAGUCUGAAGCUUUUUUCAUCCAGUCAAGCAAAUAUAACAUCACCAAAAGGGAUUUUUUUUUUUGAAAUACCAAAGAACCCCCAGUAAAAUAAUUGAGAUAGUGAAAUAGAAAAAAAUAAUAAAACAUGAUCUUGGUU